UGUGUCCGGGGGUCGCAGGUGCCCGAGCUGGAGCUGACCCCCCUGCGCAGCCCCGGGGCGCUGCCCCCCACCCUCGCCCACGGCACCCGGCGCCGCCUGUGGGGCGCGAUCCGGGCGGGGGGGCUGCGCCCCAUGGGCCGCCAGCACCUGCACCUGGCGGGGGGGCUGCCGGGGGACCCCGGCCUGCGCAGCGGGAUGAGGUCGGACUCGGAGAUCGCCAUCAUCAUCGACGGCCCCCGAGCGCUGGCGGACGGGAUCCCCUUUUUCCGCUCGGCCAACGGGGUGAUCCUGACGCCGGGGGACGCCCAGGGCCGCGUCCCCCCCAAAUAUUUCCUGCGGGUGCUGCAGCUGCGGCCGCGCCGUGAGCGGGGGGACCCCAAAACUGGGG